AACAAACACGGUCCUACAGAUGCGGUCCUAAAACUACAGAACAGCGAAGCAAAGUGAUAAUAGUUCAUGUGCAAGUGAGUUUGCAAUACUACAGAAACUGCAGCCUCCGGCAUUGCAGGAGUAUAGUAUUUUAGGCUCGAAAAUUUUAAGGCACCUGGCAACCCGGCUUACUAGGGUGGAGCUUCUUCGAACUUUUCUUUUUGGGCAUGUUGUGUUUCUGCUGUUUGUUCUUAAGGGAAAAAAGGCAAGCUAGUCGAUGAAUUAAACGUGAGAAGUUUUUUUGUUUGAAUGAGGACCGAUUCUUAUUUUUUUUUCAGCAGUAUUUCUCUGUUUUGCAAUCUUUGUGUGACAUCAGCUAAUAAAGAUGGGGGCAAAUAAAGACAAGAAUGAAACAUGUGGGACCAUUUGUCUUAAAUACCUGCUCUUCACCUUCAAUUUCCUGUUUUGGCUGGCAGGAGGUGCAGUGAUGGCUGUGGGCAUCUGGACGCUAGUUGAGAAGAGCGACUACAUCAGUCUGUUGUCCUCAAAGAUUUACGCUGUCUCUGCGUAUAUACUCAUCAUGGCUGGGGUGAUUGUCAUGGUAACGGGGGUUUUAGGCUGCUGUGCCACCUUCAAGGAGCAAAGACGACUUCUGAGAGUGUAUUUUGUUUUACUGCUGUGUAUCUUCCUACUGGAGAUUCUGGCUGGAGUUUUGGCCUACAUUUAUUACCAGCAGUUGAAUGAGGAACUGAAGGAGAAUUUGAGGGAGACCAUGGUUCAGAAAUACCAUCAGCCUGAGCAGGAGCAUGUGACGAAGGCUGUGGACAAACUACAGCAGGAGUUCAAGUGCUGUGGCAGUAACAGCUCCUCUGAUUGGUUGGAGAGUGUUUGGAUCCGCUCCAGUAAUGCUGACGGUCGGUCGGUCCCUGACAGUUGCUGUAAAAGGCCAGUCAUUGAGCUGUGCGGUCGGAGAGAUCACCCCUCAAAUAUCUAUAAAGUAGAGGGUGGCUGCAUCACAAAGCUGGAGAACUUCAUUCUGAAUCACUUGCAGAUCAUUGGUGCAGUGGGGGUGGGCGUAGCCUGUGUGCAGAUUGUCGGCAUGUUUUUCACCUGCUGUCUGUACAGGAGUCUGAAAUCAGAGCCAUACUGAAGAGACACAGCUCUACUACAGCAUUAAUCAAUGACCAUCAUUCUCUACAGAAAUUUCAAGAAAAUGUUUGAGGGUUCUGCACACCAUCAAAUCAAUUUUAACUCUGCAUGGGCACAGACACAUAUAUACAGUAAUAAAUAUAGUGUUUUAUGAUUUUAUGGUUAUUCACACGUCUGUACUACUGAACUAAAAAGCUUGUUCUGAUCCUUUUUUGUAAGUGACUUUAUUAUUCUUAUUGAUUAACUUAAGUUUGGACUGUAUUUUAUAUAUGAAACAUUUUAUGUUCUUUUUUUUUUU